AUGGCUAAUCUCACUGUGAGUGGGUUUGUUCUCAUGGGUUUUCCCACCAACCCUGAGCUAGAAAACUUAUUUGUAUCUUUGUUCUUGUUCCUGUACUUAUUGGCUCAAACUGGCAACAUCCUUAUCAUCACCACUUCCAGGGUUGACAGGCUCAACUCCCCCAUGUACUUUUUCCUGAAGCAUCUCUAUUUUUCAGAUGUUGGUUAUAGUUCUGUGACUGUACCGAGAUCCAUUUACAACUCUUUCAUGCAGUGUGGGAAUAUUUCCCUCGGAGAAUGCAUAGUGCAGUGCUAUGCUUUCACUCUCUGUGGUACUGCUGAGCUGGCCAUGCUCACGUUGACGUCCUAUGACCGCUAUGUUGCCAUCUGCCCUUCACUGCACUAUGACAUCAUCAUGGAUGUAAGAACCUGUGUUCAUGGACUUGUAGGUGUCUGGAUCAGUGGGGUUAUCAUCGCAGUCAUACACACAUCAGCUACUUUCUCCAUCCACUUCUGUGGUCCCCGGAUCAUCCACCAGUCUUUCUGUGAUGUCUCCCAGAUCCUGAAACUCUCCUGCUAUAAUGACCACAUCCGUGAGAUUGGUGUCACUGCUUUCCUAUCUUUGGCUGCAUUUCUCGUUGUCAUCUUUAUCGGAUUCUCCUAUAUGCACAUAUUUUCCUCUGUGCUGAGGAUGCCAUCUGCUGAGAGCAGGACCAAGGCCUUUUCCACUUGCCUCCCCCACCUCGCUGUUGUCAUUUUAUUUCUUUCUACAGGUGCCAUUGAGUAUUUUAAACCUCAGUGUGAUUCUCCAACUGUUUUGGACAUGUUUCUUACAAUGAUGUAUACAGUAGUUCCCCCAACCUUUAAUCCAAUGAUCUAUAGCCUGAGAAGGCAUCAAGUCAGCUCUGACAUCAAUCAGAGAUGA